UGUAUAGAGGGACUCUUGAAAGUGAACAGGUAUUUGAUGAGGGAGGAAGGUAAUUCUGGUUGCUGACUUCUAGAAAUUUCCAGAGUCCUCAGGACAGAGCCUAUGGUCGGAUACCCCCAGAGAAGAUUCCCACGUCCUCCAUCCCCCAGUGUUGUCUUUUCUCUGGAGCUAUCCUAGCCACUCCCCUUGAGGCAGUAUCUGGGUUUGGACAGAAAGGAGGUGCUGCAAAGCCCGCCCCUUCUGAGCUGCUCUGGCCAGCUCCUCUUUCCAGAACAAUUCAUUCAGGCUUCCCUGAAACUUAGACUGCACCAACAUCUGUUCUCUGAAGCAAAAUGGCUAAGAUAGACAGAAUGCUUCAACCUGGAAGGAAACAACAAUCCAGGUCAGACUAAGUUUGCUAAACAUGGACCAUAGCAAUGGUUCUAGAAAGAAUCUGGACAAGUUUUAUCAUGUGGUUUUUCUCCGCCUUGAUUUCAUGUUUGCUCAAAGAUGGAGUGGCUGUUCUGCCUGCACCGCAGAACCUCUCUGUACAUUCAACCAACAUGAAGCAUCUCUUGACGUGGAGCCCAGUCAUUCUGCCCGGAGAGAUGACAUUCUAUUCUGUGGAGUAUCAGGGCGAGUAUGAGAGCCUGUACACAAGCCACGUCUGGAUCCCCAGCAGCUCGUGCUCACCCACCAACGGUUCUGAGUGUGACAUCACUGACGACAUCACCGCCACCGUGCCGUACAACCUCCGCGUCAGGACCACGCGGGACUCACAGACUUCGGCCUGGAGCACUCUGGAGCAUCCCUUUAAUCGAAACUCAACUGUCCUCAUGCCACCUAGGAUGGAGGUCACAAAAGAUGGCUUCCAUCUGGUUCUGGAGCUGGAAGAUUUGGGGCCCCAGUUUGAGUUCCUUGUGGUCUAUUGGAGGAGGGAACCUGGUGCCAAGGAGCAUGCCAAGGUGGUGAGGCGAGGGGGCAUUCCUGUGCACUUGGAAACCAUGGACGCAGGGGCUGCCUACUGCGUGAAGGCCCAGGCCCUGGUGAAGACCAUCGGGAGGCACAGUGCCUUCAGCCAGGCUGAGUGUGUGGAGGUGCAAGGAGAGUCCCUUCCGCUGGCGCUGGCUCUGUUCGCAUUUGUUGGCUUCCUGCUGGUGCUUGCGGCAGUGCCCCUUUCCAUCUGGAAAACGGGCCAGCUCCUGCGCUACUCCUGCUGCCCCGUCACGGUCCUCCCAGACACCUUGAAAAUCACCAGCUCCUCCCAGAAGCUCAUCAGCUGCAGAAGGGAAGAGGUGGAUGCCUGCGCCGUGGUGGUGCUGUCCUCGGAGCAGCUGCUGGAGGCCUGGACCUAGCCGACCUGGGGAAGGGCCCAGCGGAGUGACAGCCUGGUCUGCAGGACCCAGGAUGAGGAGAGCUAUGUUUCUGCUCUCCUCCAUGGACAAAAGACAAGAGAAGCACCAGGAGCCUCCUGUGCAUAUGACUAGCAGCUACCAACAGAAGCAGAGCAGUGUGACCAACAGAGUGUAGACGAGGGGUCAGCAGAAGUGACCUCCAGACGGGUAGCUGCCAGUGUGCGCGCUGAGUCACUGGGGAAAGUGACGUCACCGCUUCGGACCCGUUUUCUCAUCUGAAUUGUGAAUCAGCCACACAUCGGUUACACUCUUUCUCGUUUAUGUUCUCAUUCUCAUUUGUUCCCUCUCUCUCUCUUUUUCUGUCUGUCACCACACCUAGCACUUGCAGGUCUACAGGGAACGUGGUGCUGUGCACCGUGGUGGCUUCAGCUCUUUGGGACACUGGGAUACAAUGUGUAGCAGUCAGCGUCCACAGUCGGCUGUUGCACGCCUGCAAUCUCAGCAAUGGGAGACUGAGGCAGGAGAAUCACAGACUCAGGGUGGCUCGGGCUACAUAGUGAGACUUGACCCCAAGUAAGGAAGUGACCAGCCACCCAAACAGAUAAACAAUACAACCUCAAAAAAAAAAAAAAAAGCAAAAACAAAUAACAACAACAAAACCCACUUUGCCAGAGGAGACCUGGCAGGACGGAAGAAACAGUGCCAACAUGC